AUGAAUGACACAGACAAAUUUGAGGAAGAAUUUGAUAUUGAACAAAUGGAAGAAAUAGGAAAACAAACUAUUUCUCAAUUUCUUGAAAAAAUGCACUAUAAUGAAGAAAAAACAAAUUUCUGGGUAUCACAAAUUUUAGAUACAACUUUAAAGGAGUUAUCUAAACUAAAUAAGCCAUUUAAAUAUAUUGCUACAUGCAUAUUAAUGGAAAAAAAUGGGUCGCCUUUAACUACAUCCAAUGUUUGUUUAUGGGAUGAAAAUUCAGAUGGAUUAUGUAGUGUUCAAAUGGGUAAUGAGACUUUAGAUUGUAUUCUUUGUAUAUAUGCCAUUAAAACUUGA